UACCAUGGAAAUGUGCGCUCUGUUCUUUAUUUUUGCGGCGAACAUAGUUUGGGUUUUUGUUCGUUCUAGGUUAACUGUCUUCUGUAGUUUAUUUUAAGUUCUCAGACGAUUGUUAGAAAACUUUUACAACUAAUUUAUAGACAAUUUCAUAAUGUCUGCUGUCAAACCGAAAUCAGAAAUGACUCCGGAGGAGCUGGCUAAGCGGGAAGAGGAAGAAUUUAAUACAGGCCCUUUAUCCGUUUUGACGCAAUCUGUUAAAAAUAAUACCCAGGUGCUUAUUAAUUGCCGAAACAACAAAAAGCUUCUGGCCCGCGUCAAGGCUUUUGAUAGGCAUUGCAAUAUGGUUUUGGAGAAUGUAAAAGAGAUGUGGGUGGAACAACCCAGAGCUGGCAAAGGAAAGAAAAAGGCAAAGCCAGUUAACAGAGAUAGAUUUAUAUCGAAGAUGUUUUUACGAGGCGAUUCUGUAAUCCUGGUACUGCGAAACCCACUGGCGACGGCUAGUGGAAAGUAAUGCUUUAGUGUUUUAUGGACAUUAAUUAUAAUUUAAUAUAACUCUAUUUUUAAUUGUGCAUUUGAGUUCAAAUGGAGAUUUUGUCAUGAAAGUAAUGUGUGGAUUUGAAAUCAGUUGUGUACACAUGUUUAGUUGAUAAAU